AUGGCACCACAACGAUUUCCCAGCCUGCGGUCCGGGAGUACUGGGAGGCCCAGGAGCGAGACGGCGACUGCGACGGGCCCGCACUACAUUCCACACACUCCCGUCACUACCACCACCACCACCAAUGCCACCCUAGACUCUCAGCCUGAGCCUGCACCUGCACCUGCACCUGCACCUGCACCUGGCCUGAUUGCCCUGCCUUACGAGCAGACGGCCCAGGCCCAGCCCCCGAUUCUCCUUCCUCCGCCUCGCAACCCCCUUCGAGCCAGCCGCCGCCCGCCUGCCUCGUCCGCCCAGCUCCCUUCCUCACCUGCGCCGCCAGAAAUCACCACCGCGACAACCCGAACCAAAACCACAACCACCUCAGACCUGCACGUUGUGCCCCCGCCUGUUCCUGCCCGGGAGCAGCAUUUGGGGCAGGCUGACGUUGAGCAUCCGCGUCUUCAUCUGCGUCUGCAUCUGCCUGUGCAUCCCGCUGUUCGACGCCAAUGCCAGAGCAAUCACUCACCUGCAUCCUCAACCUCAACCACCGCCUCGACAGCAGCAUCCUCCGUCUGCGCCGACUGGAGACGGGAUUCGCUCUUGGGCACGCUGUCUUCUGCCUCAGCCACCCUGCACGAAGAGGAUGAAGAGGAGGACGACGAAGACGCUUUUCGCUACGACUACCACGUCAAGCUGCAUGUAGUAGACACCCCAUCCAUCUACUCCACCGACGAACCCACCCCGGCCCUGUCCUCUGAUGAGCCCUGCACCCCCCAGCACACCUCUCGCCCCUCAUUUCAGAGCCGCUGGUCCGUCACCGACUCCGACACGUCGGAAAUCGCCUCGGUCAACUUGCCCAGGGACACAGCAACAAAGAGGCUCGUCAAGGGCCUCAGCCUCAAGCUGCCCCCGCCGCCCAUGAAGCGCCUGAGGAAGAAGAGCCUGACCGAGGGCGCUGUCGCACCCACUCCUCCGCACUCUCCCCAGUCUCACCACUCAGGCCUGUCCCAGCCAUCUCCAGCGCCCCAUUUAUCCCCCUCGCCUAACGCCCCCGAUUCGGUACGUGACAGUCGCCAAGAGAUCCGUCAUUUUGACAGCCACAUCCAAUCUCCAAAUCCGAGCGGCCCCAGACCCCUAUCUGAGCGCCCCCAGCCGCCGCCGCAAAGUGAUUUCCACCCCAUCAACACAAGCAUCCCCGAGGGCCGCUUCCUCGAUGACAUCGACAGCCUCAACUUCUCCAAGAGGGGAAGCAUCUUGUUUGGAGGCAAGCGCGCCGUAAGCCCCCCGAACCCUGCACUUGGCCCCUCCGCGAUGCAGAUGUCUCCCACGCGCGCGGCGCCAGCGCCCGUGCCGGCUGCCUCCUCGGCCGACGGCGCCCCGGAUUCCAAGCCCGCCGCCGCCAGCCUGCAGCCAACACCGAGGGACUCUGCGAGGAAGCUGUCGUUGCCCAACAUACGAGUCAUGUCAGUAGAUACAGAGAGGGAGUCACAAAAGGUGAGAUCGCUCUAUGAAUCUGGCGACUUCGUCAAUUGGCAAGAUGGGGCUCCUGGGUCACCCUCUGGUGAGCCCGCCGAGUCGGGGGAUCAGCUCCCUCCCGAUGGAGAAGAUAUUGUCGCAGAAAGAAGAAGGCGGCAAAGCGUCCGAGCUUUGUACCUCUGUCCCAAUACUCCGCUGUCGGCCACUUCGCUGCCGUCGCCACAAGGUAACACACGCCGGAGCGAGUAUGAGCUUGCAGGCGGCAUCGAAGACUGGGAAAACGUCCAAGUGGACGACGUCGAUCGCUACGGUUUCAUACACUUCCAAAGACCAAAAUCGCGACGGAGCAUUCCGGCAGAAACACACUCGCUACACUCUACGGUCGGGAGGCGCAACGGCCGAAAUGUGCUGACUAAGAGGACGGAUGGGCCGUCGUCGCCGCCCGGGCUGAGCCGGAUACCCAGCAGGAAGGUGUCGGCCCGGUCGCUAAACACGCAAACCUCGGGGGUCUCCACAUCAUCGAGGUUUACAGUCAGAUCGGGUAUCCGAACUGCAGCGAACCUGCUUCCACACAACCGAGACAGGAAGGUUAUUGACGAGGCGGGGGAGAUGCUUGGGCUCCCGCCUGGAUUGGUGGACAUCGAAGAGGAACAAAAGAGUGAGCAGGCCUUGAAAGACGCCCAUGAGAGGGAGGUCAAAAGGACCGAGAAGUGGAGGAAGAUGGCCAAGACUUUCAUCAAGGGCAGGGACGACAAGGGCGUGAUGUUCGCCGUGGAGGACAUAGCUAAGGUCAAGAGGAGCAAAGGCAGCGAGCAUCAUUUCGAAAUUUUAGGCACGGUGAUCGAGUUCGAUGUCAAGAGCCCGAAACUGAUUGAGAGGACAUGGAAAGGCAUACCGGACUGCUGGCGCGGAGCGGCUUGGUACUCCUUCCUCUCGGCCAGCGCCCAGAAGGCGAAAUCCGACACCACGGAAGAACAGCUCUUCGCCGAGUUCCACCGCCUACAGGAUGUGAGCUCCCCGGACGACACACAGAUCGACCUCGAUGUGCCCAGGACUAUCAACAAGCAUAUAAUGUUUCGCAAGCGGUAUCGCGGUGGCCAGCGGCUGCUUUUCCGCGUGCUCCACGCAAUGUCUCUCUAUUUCCCCGACACUGGCUACGUUCAGGGCAUGGCCGGUCUUGCAGCGACCAUGCUGUGCUAUUACGACGAGGAGAGAUGUUUUGUGAUGCUUGUCCGGCUAUGGCAGUUCCGGGGUCUGGAGAGGCUUUACCAGCCCGGUUUCGCCGGCCUGAUGUUGGCAUUAAAGGACCUCGAGAACCACUGGCUGCACGGAAAAGCAGCAGCCCAGAAGCUGAACGAGAUGGGCAUUGAUCCCACGGCAUAUGGAACACGAUGGUAUCUGACGCUCUUCAACCUAUCAAUACCGUUCGCGGCACAGCUACGGGUGUGGGACGUCUUCAUGUUGCUGGGGGACUCAUCGCCGUCCCCGGACCCGAGCGCGGCCAAAGAGAAGGAAGCCGAAGCGACAUUCAACGGGCUGGAAAUACUCCAUUCCACCAGCGCUGCGCUCAUUGAUGGGCAAAAGGAGCUCAUCAUAGACGCAGACUUCGAGAAUGUCAUGAAAGCUUUGACAUCGGCACAGCCAGUGAAGGACGAGGACAGGUUUAUGAACGUGGUGCGGGCGGAGUGGAACAUGCACCGGAAGAAAAGGAGAAGCUAG